CCAAUCCAAACAAACUACACCUCCCUCCCCGUCCCCAUCCCAGACGACUUCCUCACCGCCACCAACCCGCCCGACGCCCGCCCCAUCACAGUGUCACCCAUCGACUGGUCCGCAAACCCCAUCCCAGAAUACGCAAACCUCUGUGCUGUCGUGCUAGACAACGUCCUCUCCCCGCAAGAAUGCGUGACCCUCUUGCAGCUGGCGGAAGCCAGCGUCCCCGCCCGCGGCGCGCAGGGGGGAAAAGAGGGCGGCGGGGAAUUGGGGAUGAUGAGUGAAAAAGGAGAAGAACAAGACCCCUGGGCGCCGGCGCUGGUGAAUGUGGGCGGCGGGUAUGAGGUGUUGGAGAAGGAGUACCGGAACGGGGAGAGGAUCGUGUGGGAUUGUCAUACGGUGGUGGAUCGGCUCUGGGAGAGGUGUCUUGCUGGGAUGGGUGAGGAGAUGAGGAGGAGGUUUGGGGUGAUUGGGGCUGGCGAGAGGGAUAUUGUUGGACGGGGCCCGGUGGAGGGGAGGUGGGAGUUUCUGAGGGUGAAUGAACGGAUGAGGUUCUUGAGGUAUGGGAAGGGGGGGUUUUUUAAGCCACACUGCGACGCGCCGUAUGCCGACACGAGGGACCCCCAGAGGAUCAUCCGGACUAUGUUCACAAUCCACCUGUACCUGAACGAUUCCAAGGCGGAGGUGCCCGACGCAGAGCUGGUCGGCGGCGCCACGACCUUCUUCUCGUCAGAUGAGAAGCGGCGGAUCGACAUCAACCCCAAGGCUGGAAGAGUGCUCAUCUUUCAGCACCGGCGGCUGCUGCACUCCGGGGACGAUGUGCUGGCCGGCACCAAGUUUACUAUGCGGACCGACAUUAUGUACGAGUAUAAG